AUGCUCUUUCAAUUCGUACGCCAUUCUUGUCAAUUUCAAGAAUCCAUUACAUGUAGAAGAACACUCCUUCACGCGUUUCAUUCACAAAACCCUAACCAAAACGCCUAUCUUAGCCAUGAGAAAUCGGGUGCUGAUAAAUUUAGGGUUUUGAAUCGUUUUGGUAGCGGUAGGGAUUUUGAUUCGUCUGUAGAAUUGGGCGAUGAAGUUGAUUUUAAGCUUUCGAGAGAUUACAUUGGGAAUGGUCAAGAAAUUGGGUGUUUCAGAAGGGUAGAAAACAACGGGGAUGAAACACAACACCCAUUGGUUAAAGAAGUUAGUAGAUUAAUCGAUCAACGAUCCACAUGGACCCCAAAUUUCGAAGAGGAAUUGAGACAUUUGAUUCGAAGUUUGAAGACUCAGCAAGUUUGUGCUGUGCUACGGGAUCAGAAGGAUGCACGGGUUGCGUUGCAAUUGUUUUACUGGGCGGACCGGCAAUGGCGCUACCAGCAUCACCCCAUUGUUUAUAACGCAAUGCUCGAGAUUCUUGGAAGAACUAGUUUGUAUCAAGGUGCUAAACGAGUUAUUCGCCUUAUGGCUCGUAGAAGAAUCCGGCUUCGUGCAGAAGUUUUUGGUUACUUGAUGAUGGCAUACAGCCGGGCUGGCCAUUGGAGGAAAUCGUUGCAGGUUUUCUCGAUGAUGGAGAAGGCUAAGAUCGAGCCUAAUUUGGUUAUAUAUAACAUUGCAGUUUAUGUUUUGGUGAAAGCUAGUAAAUUGGAAAUGGCAUUGAAGAUAUUAGAAAGGAUGGAAUUGGUGGACAUUGCACCUAAUGUUGUGACUUACAAUUGCUUGAUCAAAGGUUACUGUGAUGCUGAUCGUAUUGAAGACGCAAUGGAUUUGAUCAGAGAUAUGGUGGCAAAAGGGUGUGCGCCCGAUAAGGUAUGUUACCAUACGGUGAUGGGUUUUUACUGUAAAACGAAUAGGAUCAAAGAUAUUAGGAUUUUGAUGAAGAAAAUGUUGAAUGAAAGCAAGUUAAUCCCUGAUCAGGUUACUUAUAAUAUGCUAAUUCAUAUGCUUUCUAAGUAUGGUUAUGGAGUUGAGGCGAUUUGUUUUCUGAGGGAAGCCGAAGAAAAAGGGUUUUCUUUUGAUAAGGUCGAGUAUAGUGCGAUUAUCCAUUCUUUUUGUCAAGUGGGGAACAUAGAGAAAGCGAAAGAACUUGUUAAUGAGAUGUACACUAAGGGUUGUAAACCGGAUAUAGUCACUUACACCGAUGUUAUAAAUGGUUUAUGUAAAAUGGGAAAAGUGGAUGAAGGUAAACAGUUGCUUCAAGAAAUGUUGAAGCUCGGUUGCAAGCCAAACACUGUUUCAUAUACAGUCUUGUUGAACGGCCUCUGCCAUGAUGGGAAAUCAUCAGAGGCAAAAGAGAUGUUGAAUCUGAGCGAAGAGGAAUGGUGGGUUCCAAAUUCUAUUACAUAUAGCGUUUUGAUGCAUGGUUUUAGGAGGGAAGGAAAGCUUUCCGAGGCCCAUGAUGUUGUUAAAGAUAUGAUUGGGAAAGGAUUUUUGCCACCACCGGCUGAAAUUAACCCGUUGAUCCAAUCUUUCUGUCAAGAAGGAAGACCGGAAGAUGCCAAGAAGUUGAUGGAAGAAUGUCUUAAUAAAGGAUGCACUGUUAAUGUGGUAAAUUUCACCAGUGUCAUACAUGGUUUUUGCCAAAAGGAAGAUUUCGACUCUGCCUUUUCGGUUCUUGAUGAUAUGUACCUAAAUAACAUACAACCUGAUGCAGUUACAUACACGACAAUAAUCGAUACAUUAGGAAAGAAGGGAUCCAUUGAAGAAGCGGUUGAAAUGACCAAGAAAAUGCUCCACAAAAGUUUAAUCCCGACCCCAGUUACAUACAGGGUUGUUAUACACCGAUUCUGUCAGCAUGGUAGAGUACAAGAAUUGUUGUCUUUAUUAGAGAAGAUGCUUUCAAGGCAGCCAUGGAAGACUGCUUACAAUCAAGUCAUUGAAAAACUUUGUUCAUUGGGGAAUCUUGAUGAUGCCUAUAAACUCUUGGGUAAAGUUUUGAGGACAGCUUCAAGAACUGAUGCCAAUAGUUGUCAUAUACUUAUUGAAAGUUAUUUGAAGAAGGGCGAUCCCCUUUCUUCAUAUAAAGUGGCGUGUAGAAUGUUUAGUCGUAAUCUGGUUCCUGACUUGAAACUAUGCGAGAAAGUGAGCAAAAGAUUGGUUGCAAAUCAAAUGUCACUUGAUGCAGAGAAGCUUAUGCUACGAUUUGUGGAACGGGGAAUGAUCUCUCCGAACUAUACAAAGAAAAUGCAGAGAUAGGGGUCGCUUAGCAAAACCGUUGUCCCAAAUUUUAUUGAACGGCUGCUACCAUGCUAACAGGGCUAUGUCUCAUCUUUGUUACUCCAUUUCAUUCUUUCUGAAAUAUAUGAUAUGCCUGAUUUCGACACAAGUUUUUCAAC